GAUUUCAGCAUGUGUCUCUCUGGGAAUCACGUUGUUCGCCAUCAUGUGAUGACACUGGUCUCCACUUAACCUAAGCGGAAGGCAUUACUCGAGGAGGACCCAGACGCGGUAGAUGCUUUGAGUUUCAACAACAUGACCACGCCUGCCUUCCCAAAAUGCGUUUUACUGUGAUGCCGGUAGCUUCAAACAGAAAGUAGUUGGAACCUCAUACUUUUCUGAACCUUGAUGCUUGGAGAGUAAGGGGAACUAUUCAAUUAACGAUUUAUAAAUGGCUGAAGAACUUAUAAUUGCGCCACGGAGUAAAAUAACAUCGUUCCUCAGACCCAUGGAUUCCUCCAAACUAAAGGCCAUGGAAGAGAUGAAUAAGAGCCCAACACAUUUGACUUCGUCUUUGUUGGCGGUGGCAUUCCUCACCUCCUUCGGGAGCUCCAUGCUCUACGGCUAUAACCUGGCGGUGGUCAACUCACCAGCAGAGUACAUUAAAGACUUCUACAACAGGACAUCAGUGAGUCGUAAUGGCACAGGGCUGGAUGGGGAGGUUCUGACCCUCAUGUACUCUCUCACUGUUUCUGUCUUUGCCAUCGGAGGUUUACUGGGCUCCCUCAUGGUGGGCAUGCUUGUGACCAGGUUUGGCAGGAAAGGAACAGUGGUGAACUCAACUGUGUUGGUGUUCAUUGCUGGAUCACUCAUGGGCUUCAGCAGGAUCUGUGGCUCACCUGAGAUGGUCAUCUUAGGCCGCUUUGUCACAGGGAUCCAUUCAGGGAUUUCUCUGGGUGCAGUGCCCAUGUACCUGGGGGAGAUAGCUCCUAAGAAUCUGCGUGGUUUCCUUGGGCUUGUGCCCAGCAUCUUCAUCUGUGCUGGGGUCUUCUCUGCCCAGGUCUUGGGGCUACACGAACUUCUGGGAAAGGAGGAGCACUGGCCGCUUUUCCUGUCUCUGGUGGUGAUACCCACCUUCAUCCAACUGAUGCUGUUGCCAUGGUUCCCGGAGAGCCCCCGAUACCUGCUGAUUGAGAAGCAUAAUGUCCACGCCACCAUAACAGCACUGAAGUGGUACCGGUCCAAGUGUAACAUCCAGUUGGAGAUUGAGGAGAUGCAGGAGGAGCAGCGCUCUCUGUCGUCCAUGGAGACUGUGUCAGUAUGGCAACUGUUACUGGACCCAUGUGUGCGCUGGCAGUUGCUCAGUGUGGUGGUCCUGAACAUCGGCAUGCAGCUCUCCGGCAUCGAUGCUAUCUGGUUCUAUACAAAUGACAUCUUUAAGAACGCGGGCAUCCCGGGCCCAGAGAUCCAGUACACUACAGUGGGUACAGGAGCCAUUGAGAUCAUCGCUGGCCUCAUUGGGUGUUUCACCAUAGAGAAGCUGGGCAGGAGACCCCUCAUGAUUGGGGGGUUUCUGGCGAUGGGUCUCUGCUGUGCUGGGAUCACUCUCUCUCUUGUUUUACAGGUUCACUUUCCAUUCAUGCGCUACGUCAGUGUUGGAUGCGUGGUGGGUAUCAUCGCUGGCUUCUGCAUUGGGCCAGCGGGCGUUCCGUUCCUGAUAACGGCAGAGCUGUUUAAACAGUCUCACCGGCCAGCAGCCUACACUGUGGGAGGAUCCCUCAACUGGAUGUCAAACUUCACAGUGGGCUUUGUCUUCCCCUUCCUGCAGAUGUCCGCCGGGUCCUACUGCUACCUGGUUUUCUGCAGUGUGUGUCUGGGGGUGGCGGUCUACGUGUUCUUCGUUAUCCCGGAGACCAAGAACAAGACGUUCGUGGAGAUCAGCCAGAUGUUCGCCUCCAAGGAGGCUGUGCCAGAGACCCAGGGCCUGGGCCUCCCCGACCACCUUAAACUGAAGAAAAUGAACGGAUACGGAAGCCUGGACAAUGGAUCGCUGGAGUUUGACAGCUCCUCCUCAGUCCCCUGACAGUUUCUCUUGGAAAUGGCUUUCUUUCCUUCAUUAUCGCCAUUGAAGUUGUAUAGGGUGCCACAACGUUGUUUUACUUGAGGGGAAAUAUUGGGCUUUAGCAGAUGAUCACACAGUUAAGGAGACAAGGCAGUGUUGAACACUAUUGGGACAGGGGAAAGAACAAAUGAGACCAAAGAUGAUGGAGUGAGUUACGAGUAAGGGCAAAUGACACAAAUGCAUAUUCUGUUCCAAAUGGAAAGCCUAUGCUACUCUCUCAUAUUGUUCUGACUGGGAUGCACAAUAUGCCCUUAAAGCAUUGGGACUCCAAUGCAGACUUUUUAGUUCAGUAUAUUGUAAUGGAAAUCUUUGAGGUGCCAUUUGUACAUAUUUCCUUGUUCUGUGAAAUAGAUUAAUAGAUUCAUUCAGAAUAUUCAGCAAUACAAACAUGCCUUACCGAUAUCUGGAUAAUGCAAAUUUUCUGUUUUACUAUUCCAAGUGUCUGUGUUAUUUUACAUACAUUUUAAAGUCUUAGGCAGUAUGUUUAUUGUGAAUAUAUCUCAACUGCCGUUUUUGUAUAUUUCUUAACAAGAUGUAGCUACAUUUGUUUUAUACACAGUAUGGUUUUAUAAAUAGAACAGAGUUUGUUUUAUGAUAUAUAACUGUAUUUGAACUGUGUACAGAAAUGUAAUGAAAGUGAUAAUAUAUGAUGCAUUAUGACGUAAAUAAUUAACACAAUAUUUGAGUCUGUGCAAUUCUCUUUAUUUUAUCAUAAAACUCAGGAGAGACAUUCACUUUCUUU